CACAAAAUGCAUGUAUAUCGCUGAGGUAGAAAAGGCCAGUGAGGCAUGGAUGCAAAAGAACCCAUACUAGUACAGAAGUAGAGCAUGUGGAGCCAUGUACCCAUGAUUGCAUGAACAACUCCAUGCAACUUGACCGUUCCAAUCCAUCAUCAACUCUUCUUUUUCUUUUUUCUUUUUUAUAUAUAUACAUUUGUUUAAGAAAAUGUACGUUUCCUUUUGCUCGCUUAUCUCUUUGAGAGAGUAAAAAAGAGUUAAGCUAAGCUACUAGCUUUCAGUCACUGCCCUGCCCAACUCAGCCCACAGAGACAGUCGCUCCCUGCACGUUCCUCUGCUCCCCCUCCCCUCCCAUCCAUAAUAUAUCCAUCUUCCCCAUCGCUCUUCUUUUCUCAUCUUUUUCUUUCUUCUUCUUACUUCUAAAUAUUAGAGUGUUUAAACACACUGAAGAUAAAUAAAAACAAUUAAAAAUGGACAUUUACGGUAUUCCGACUCCAGACUACUUCCGCAUUGACGAUCUUCUUGAUUUGUCCAACGAUGAUCUCUUCUCCUCCGCCUCCACUUGCACCUCCUCCUCCAUUGCCGCCGAUAUUCACCAGCCUCUCAAUCCUUCCAUUCACAAUUCCGCUCCUUUUAACCCCGCUCUCUCCACUGACUUCACCGAUCACCUUUCUGUCCCUAGUGAUGAUGUAGCUGAGCUGGAGUGGCUAUCGCAAUUUGUAGAUGACUCAUUCAUCGAGUUUCCACCAAACUUACUCACCGGCACCAUCAACGUCCGAUCCGACACUUCAUUUUCCGGCAAAGCAGCUCGUAGAAAACGCUCAAAAGCCGCCACAACAACUGCUACUACAGCCUGGACUUCCUCUCCAGAAAUCGGCCAAUCAAAAUCGAAGAAAGAAACAAAUAACAGAUCAUUGUCACCGACGACUGAAGGGGGAAUUAGGAGGUGCACUCACUGUGCUUCAGAGAAGACUCCACAGUGGCGUACUGGUCCACUCGGCCCCAAAACGCUGUGUAAUGCAUGUGGAGUAAGAUAUAAAUCGGGUCGGCUGGUGCCUGAAUAUAGACCCGCAGCCAGCCCGACUUUUGUGCUGACUCAGCACUCAAAUUCUCACCGUAAGGUUUUGGAGCUCCGGAGGCAGAAGGAGAUGUUGAGGCAACAGCUGGAAGAGCCAUGAUCACCCUGGCCAGCAUGAUUUUGACGAGGCGCAAAUCUGAAUGUUUGAUCAUGAACAUUAUCAGUAGUUUUUCACUUCGGAUACUAAGUUACUUUGGAUAAUGUUAUCGAUUAACAGUUUUAAUUCCAUUAGUUUUCUUUGCUUAA